AGUUUGUCAAUAAUUAAAGAGGACAGUAAGGAACAGUCCAUUUUUCAAUAUAAAGAUGAAUAUACACAAAAAUCUGUAAGUUUUCACAAUGAUGAAACUGAAAUUGACAAACCACUUCAACUCUUGUUUCCUUUUCCUCUUCAACCUUCAAGGUGGAGUCUAAACACUGUGCUCCUCAUUUUUACGUGGCAUGAUUUACGCUCGGAGACUUUCUGGCUUUCUAACCAUAGUCACUAUUUUCUUUAUUUAAUUUACUUUUUAAUAAUGUUUGGUCUUAAGUAUGCUCAUGUUGUUCUCUUGUUUCUUAUCACACCUGCACAUGGGGCUAUUGUUUAUAUCCACAGAGUAAGAAAUGCAUCCAUUGGCAUUUCCUGUGAAUCGCCCAAUAAAGAAGAAAAACCAUUUGCCUUUUCGCUGAAACGCAGGUUGCUACAGUCCAGACGAGUGCUGUAUCUUUCUAAAGAAUUCCCACCCUUUAUCAAUAAAUCUGAGGACAAGGGUCGCAUUACUGUACGUGAUGAGUUGGACAACCACACAGUUCAUCUGACAAUCUCAAACCUGCAAGGACAGGACACAGACGUGUACCACUGUGAAUUCCACUAUGGUGAUCUUCCAUAUGACAAGAAUGUUCCUGGCCAGAUGGAGUUCUUCAUUUAUGUUGAAGACUUCUCUCAUGAGCCUUGUAAUUGUUCAAGUUACCUGCCAUUGCUGUAUGUGAUCUCUGGAGGUGCAUGUCUGCUAGGUGUUCUGGUUUUCACUCUCACUACAGCUUACUGUUGUACAUGGCUUAACCGUAGAAAGCCACAGUCUGUAGUUCCUGUUUAUGAGGAGAUGGCCGGGGUGCGGCCCACCAAAGGAAAAGCCUCAAGAUGUCACACUGAUAUUGCAAAACUGGAGGAAGCAAACAGCUCUGUGGCCCACUUGUUCAGCAACAAAAAUCUUUAUGUCAACUGAUUUAACAAAAUGUAUUGACUGGGAAGUGUCUCUACUGAAGUGUUGACGUUCAUGGUGAUGCAGGCUCCAGCUCACCCACAAAACCUUUCUGAAUCAUCAGCUUUAGAAGUUGUUUGUUAGCAUGAAAUUAGUAUUUUCAUCUUUCAUCCAUACCUUCAUGUUAAUGGUACUUUAAGACAUCAUUUUAAUGCUACAAAUACAGAAUGUCAGCUUACAGCCUUUUUUAAAGAGAAAUUAUCUGCUUUAUGUCUGUAGCACAAAAUAGUUAUGAUGCAAGACAGUAUUUUGUAUUAUGUGAUACACUGGUAAAAGUUGUUUAUUUUAUUUUUUACCUCUUGUGUGGAACUGAAUAGGAUUAUAGUGGUAGU